CAUUUGCGAUCUUAAUAGCUGGUUCUUAAGAUAGCAGAGGGCUAUAUCAGUUGAAUUCAAUCGCCAAAGUGGGGUAAAUCCCCAUGGAAAAAGAAGAACAGGAAGCUGCAGAUAUGGUGUAGGAAACAUUCUGCCCGCUUUGCUGAUAGCGAAUCCCAAGGUCACCCCGCGAAUCGAACAACUUUCAAGGUCGAUCGCCCAGCAGCCGGUUCUGUUGUGGCGGUUUGCGGUUAAAAGUUUUGAAGCACGUGUGACAUUGCGCCACAAACAACCAUAUGGCUGUCACAUUUGUUGGUAAACACAAAGCACACACACAUUCGACGCGGGCUGGAAAGAACGAAAGAACGGAAGAAGUGUUUCGUGUUCUUGUUGUUACUGCGGUGGUAGUUGAGAAGCCCACCACCUGAAUGAAGUGCAGAUGACAAGGUGCACCUUCUACAAACUGUUCCUACUGUUGUGCCUCUCCCUAGCAAUCAUCUGUUGUUUGAAUGGCUAUUUCAUGCACUAUCUACAAUCAACGUUCGCACCACGCAAGCUGGUGGAACCGCGAAAGCAUGGCUCACCUCGAUCACCGGCCAGCAGCAGGACCACCAACCAGUCGCAUAACCCAUUAGGGGAGAGCUUUAACAAUGCCCACCUGGUGCAGGCGGCUAUAGUGCAGAACGCGACCACCUUGAAGCCGGAAUUCAGGAACAAACAUACCAGCUACUUCAGGAUACGGCAAGCCAUUCUCAACACCUUUCGCCUGCAACCGUACAAUAGUAGCACGAUUUGGAAGACGGUGAAUGCGUGGCCCAAACGGAAUGAAGUGAUUCCGGCGCUCGAACCAAAGCUGGGUAGUGUGCUGGCCGCGCUACGGAGGGAACCGAUCCGGGGGGUGAAAAAAUCCCGCCGCGGAACGCAGCUGAAGCUGGUGCUGGAACUGUCCGGCCCGCAGUACGUACUGUUCAAACCGCGCUGGUACGAGCGGGAGGAAAUCAUCAACGGUACCGUUUACUCGGGCAAGGAUCGUCACAACGCCGAAAUCGUGAGCUUCCAUCUGGCAGUGAUGCUGAACCUGCGCUCGGCGCCCAUCGCGGUGGGCCGUUCGAUUUCGCUCCGGGACCACCUACCGCUGGUGGACGAGGAGCUGCGUCAAACCAUGCUAGUCAUUGAUGGUCGGCAGUGUAUUUACGGCUCGUGCCACUACUGCCGCCAGAGCGAACCGGUGUGCGAUGAUCCGCAAACCGGUACGCUCGACGGUGCCAUCCUGUACACCAUUCCGGGGAAGCUCGUGAAGUACCGUUCCCCGUGGCAGCGCACCUACAACACCGAGCGGAAGGCGGAAUGGGAAACGAACGGAGGCUACUGUACGCUGGUCAAUCGUACGCUGUCGCCCGCCAUACUGCUGGACCUGAUCGAUGCGGCGGUGUUCGAUUUUCUAAUACAAAACGGUGACCGCCAUCACUACGAAACGCGCGACGGCCGGUUACUGCUGCUCGACAAUGGUAAAGGCUUCGGUAACCCGUUCGUCGACCAUCUGGACAUUCUGGCACCGCUGUACCAGUGUUGCAUGAUCCGGGACACCACCUGGAAGCGGUUGAAGCUCUUUUCCGGGGGCGCACUGACCGAUUUACUGCGGGAGAUCGACCGACUCGAUGCACUGCAGCCCCUGCUAACCGAGGCACACUAUCUGGCACUUGAGCGGCGCCUACUCUACGUCUUCAGCACGGUGCAACUGUGCACGCAGAAGCACGGCAAUAAAAUGUUCAAAUGAGCCCGAGCAGCGGGCCCACUAGCCA